AUGCAACAACCAUCGAACUGGCUAAUAAGUGCCACUGUGGCGGUGAUUCUUCUUGGGUUUUAUUUAGGAAGAAGUACUAUUGUCAACAAGAUUGACGAUCAGGAAACAUCAGUAUCACUUUGUCAACUACAUUUUCAAUUGGAUGAAUCCAAUGGAUUUGAUGAUGAAACACUUCUUGAAGCAUUAGCUAUUCUUAAAAUGCAUGAUUUUCAAAUUGGUCAACCUGUAUGGAUACCAUCGAAUAUUCUUCUUUAUCUAUGUGAACAUCGACUCAAAUCAGGUCUUAAACAAUCGGUAAUUGAUCAAGAAUUAAAAACUGUAAUUAAAGAUAGUGGCAUAUCAUCAAAACGUCUUGUUUGGUCAUGUGCUUGA